UCCCGCCCCUUCCUUGCUGCCAGUGUUUCCGGUCGCGUGGGUUUUCCGAGGGCGCCGUUUUUCUGGGCCGGUGGUUUGGACCAUGGGGGUCCCCAAGAGGAAGGCCUCAGAGAGCCCUGGCGGCGCGGCGUCCCCCGCGGGCACAUCCAAGCGAACUCGAGCAGAGGAGUUCACUGGCGUGCGGUUCAAAACCCAGCUGAAGGAUGCGCAGGGCCCUGGACCCGCUUUGGAAGCCUUUGUCUCUGCUGCCAAGCAGCUGCCACAGGAAGACAUGUGCGAUGUUGUCGAGGGCUACAUCAAGAUUUCCAUGGAGUGUGCAGAAAUUUUCCAGCUCCUGAGUGGAGAGAAGCGACCCGAGAGUGAAGUGCUGUUAAUAUUUCAAGCUUUUGAGGCCAUAUUACUGAGGACAGCCAGUGAUCUUACACAUUUCCACGUGGUGGGCACCAACAUUGUGAAGAAGCUUCUGAACAACCACAUGAAGCUCCUCUGUGAAUCCCUGUAUGCAUCUGGUUACAGGAUGGCUCGAGCCUGCCUGGACCUGAUGACUGCUGUGGUGACCCAGGGCCCUGAAGCUGCCAGAGAUGUGUGCAGCUGUUUUGAUUUGAAUAAAAAAGCCUUGUAUGCCCUGGUAACCAAGAGGGAUUCAAAGGGAGUGCAUGACGUACGGCUGGCCUAUAUCCAGUUUGCCCUUUCCUUCCUCAUUGCAGGUGAUGACAACACUAUAGGGCAAGUGCUGGAGAUAAAAGAGUUCAUCCCCUGCAUUUUCAGCUCAGGCAUAAAGGAAGAUAAGAUUUCUACUAUCAACAUUUUGUUGUCCACUCUGAAAACAAAGGUGAUUCACAAUAAAAACAUCACAAAAACCCAGAAGGUUCGUUUCUUUACUGGGCAGCUUCUGAACCAUAUAGCUGCCCUCUACAACUGGAACGGGGUCUCAGAUAUUGUUCCAGAGAACCCAGAGAGUACGGAGAUGUCUGCUGAAGAGGCAGGGAAAGCCAUGGUGAGGGACCUCGUUCAUAACUUCCUGAUAGACCUCUGCUGUUCUCGAAAGCAUGGGAUUAGUUUUUAUGACGCCUCUUUGGGGACUUCUGGCAGAGGAGGCAACCUGACACUCUUGCACUUCCUGUUGAGUUUGAAAACUGCAGCAGGGGAUGAGCUGGUGGCCUCACUCGUGGUAAGCAUCCUGAAGGUGUGCCCAGACCUGCUGACCAAAUACUUCAGGGAGGUCACAUUCUCCUUCCUCCCAAGAGUGAAGUCCACUUGGCUAAACAACGUGAAGCUGCUGAACAAGAUCUAUGAGGCCCAGCCAGAGAUUUCCCCGGCCUUUUGGACUAGAGAGUUUAUCCCCUUGCCAAGGCUCCUGGCGAUGGUGAUGGUGACCACAGUGCCUCUGGUGUGCAAUAAGAUCAUGUUCACUCAGGCAUUAAAUUUGGACAGCAUACCUGUAAAACAGUCAGCAUUAUCCCUUAUUUCGAUCAUUUUGAAGAGAGCAUUAAAAACAGUUGACCACUGUCUGGACAAAGAGAUCUGGCAAGAUUCAGACGUGUACACAGCUGAGAUGAUGGAAGAAUUUGUUCAGCUCUUCAGAGAAGCCUUGAGCAAGAUUUUGCCAGAUCUGAACACUGUUAUUUGGGUCUGGCAAUCAUUUAAAAAGCAAGAGAUUAAGGAGAACCAUGAGAAGGGGAAGAAGAGCAGUAGCAAGACUCCUGCUGCCUCCAAAGCUGUCCAUCGUGAUGAUGCAGAAACAAUUCUUCUGAAAUCCGUCCUGCUCCAGGUCAUAUGCCUCUACCAACAGGUUGUUCCCCAUGUGGUCACGCAGUACAACUUUGACUUCAGCAAGCUCCUAAAAGGCAUCAUCUCUGAGCAGGGCCCUGCUGAGGAGGCUCCUCCCAUCCUGCAGCACCACAUGCUGAAGGUAGCCCUGGAACUGCCUGCUAACAAGUUUUUGUGGCUAAAGGCACAGGAAGGCCCUGAGGCAGAAAUCGUUGGAGGAGAACGCUCGGUGUUUUACCUGUUGAUGAAGAUGUUUGUGAAUAGUAGCCAUUUACAGCUCAAGUUAUCCACUCAGCGUCUGAUCAUGAAGAUUCUUCGGGACACAGGCGUGUUCGAACACACGUGGAGAGAGUUGGAGCUCUGGCUGGAGCGCCUGGACAGCACUGCAGAAAAGCACAAGGAAACCGUCAUUCAGUUCCUGGAGCGUAUUUUAUUGACACUGGUGGUGAAUCCUUACUCAUACACAGACAAAGCUUCUGAGUUUGUCCAAGAAGCCAGCACCUUGCAAGGCGCUGUGGGAAAGCAGGAUGCAGAUGAUGUCAGCAUUCCCAUCUCCCAUAUUGAUGAUGUGCUGGACAUGGUGGACGUCCUGGUGGAAGGCAGUGAGGGCCUGGAUGAGGAUAUUGGGUUCUUGUUAAAUGAAGACAUGAUUCUGCUCACCUUCCCCUUCAGUGCUCUGGUCCCUGCAGCUCUGGAAGCCAGGAAUAAGCUGCUCCUCGGGACAGAAUGUGAAGCAGGGGAAAGCAUCGUGGCAUACAUGACUGCAGUGUUGACUGACAUUCUCCAUACCCAGAGGGACCCCCUAGCCCUGUGCCUUCUGCUCCAGUCUUAUGACAAGUUCGAGCCUGCUAGCCUGCUCUGCUGUCAGCAGCUUGCCCAGUUUCACAGAUACUACAGUCUCUGGAUUCCUGAGCAAGCCCAGGAGGCCUUGCCCUUGCAGGUGUCUGGCACCUCAGGACCCUAUACGCCCCCCUCAUCUGCCUGCUUUUCCACCUUGCUGCAAACAGCGUAUGAAAGCCAAACACUUGGGGAUAAGAAUGUCCAGGCAAAGCUUCUAGCCGCUGUCCCGUGCCUACCUCUGCAGCACAUGCUGCGCUCAGCCAAGCAGGUCCUGCUGUACCUUAAGAGCACCGUGGAGAACUUCAGCCAGCUGGGCAAAAGUGUGGGCCCAACUCUCCUUCAGUUCCUACUGGGUCUCCUUAAGCACCUGGUUAUCCACUCUGAGCAGCUGGACACCCAGAAUCAGCAGAAGUUGGAGGCUGCCCGUGCUGAGUCUGAUCUCUUUCUGGACAUGGAGUCUGUAGCUUCACUUGAGUUGGCUACUGACAAGACAGUAGAGGAGCUGCUGGUGGCCAUCCUUAAACACCCCACACUGGAGACUUGGUUCCUGGCCCUGGAGCAGAAAGCCUUACCUCCACACACACUCAGCCCUGUCCUUGUAAAGCUCCUUGCAGCCCAGUUCAGUGCAGGGGUCCUUCAGCUACUGGUGGCAAGUUCCCCAAUUCUCCAUAAACUGGGUCAGUUAGGCCUUCUGGCAAAGUACUCAGAAGCCAUCACUCAAAGUGUAUUGAGAGAGCUCCGCACUAGGACUGUGAACUCAGCCAUGACACCCAAGACCCUGCCUCAGCUGGAGGCCCUGCGAGAGCUGCACCCAUACAUGGAAGGUGUCCAGAUCCGAGAAGUCACCUUGGCUCUGCUGGGACUGCCAGAGGCCCACCUGCUGACCCAGCAAGGCACACAGUGUCCCGGGAAGGAGAGACAACUGAGCAGUCUUGGAAAGACCCUGGUACAACUGCUGACAAGCAGCCAUCAGAAUCGGCUGCAGAGCAGUGAGCUACUCUGGUGUGCCGAGUAUGUGCGUGGCUUGGGGGCUCUCCUCCCCACUCUGGCUGAGCAAGAGCUGGACACUGUAUUCCUUCAGACUCUUCAGAAAGACCCUGUGCUGGCCCCUGUGGUGCCAGCUGACCUACUUGAGUACUGCCUGGUCCGACGGACGAAGGCAGCCCUGGACAUUGCCAGCCUCCUCCUCCAGUACAGCAGUACGCACCUACUGAAGUUUGAGCUGUGGUGUGGGCAGCCUGGUGUGGGGCCCAGCCUGCAGGAGCACCUGGAUGACUUCUUCCCCCUUAUCCAUGUGUACCUCCAACACAGGAUGCAAGGAAGCUUCAUGCGGCCAACAGAAGUAUCCUCUGCUGUCACUCCUGUCUUGAGAGCCCUGUGGAGACAAGUGCGAGACAGGUUCUUUCAUAUCGCUGGGCCUUCCAAACAUGCGCUGCAUCUGGAGGCCCUGGCCCAGCUCAUUCCAUUUGCAAGAACCAAAGAUCUGCGUGUCCUCAUGGACCAUUUACCCAACUUGCUUCGGACUCUGAGUAAUCACAAGAGUUGGAUCGUGGCGGACUCUGUUUCAGCAGCCUUGGCAGAGUCAGCAGAGGAGCUGGCCUCCUGGAGGAAGACCCUCCUGCGGUCCUGUAUACAGUGGCUGGCUGUGUCCUUCAGUGGCAGGGAGCCAGAAAACGAGAACACCCAGGAGCAGGAGAAGACAAUGCUGCUCCGAUUAAGCGAGUUGUUGCAUGCAGUUAAGGAGGUUGACCCUGGUGACUGGCAGCAGUUUGUGAAGACAGGACUCAAGUUUCGGUACCAGGACCUCACCUUUUUGAGGACCCUGCUUGAUGCCACAAAGCUCCUAUAUAGUCCAGAAAGCUCUGGGCACACAAAACUGGUCCAGCUUUCAGUGAUGCACAUGAUGCUCACCCAGCAUUCUCUGUUCCUGCCAACCAUGUUGACAUCUAAAGAAGAGGAAACUCCAGACAGUCCAGUAAAAGAAACCCUGCUGGACCUGAUGUCCACAGUGGUGAGGAUGUGCCCUUCUGUCUGUGAGAGCAGCCACUUUGCUGUGCUCCUUGGGACCUACAGUGCCACCCUCAGCAUCUUGGACCAGAAGAUAUUACUUCUCCUCCGUGCAUAUGAACAGCACAGCCUCAGUCUCAUCAGUUUCAGGGUUCUGCUGUGGGGUCCAGCAGCUGUGGAGCAUCACAAGACAUGCCGGAGCCUGGGCAAGUCGCUUUGGCAGCAGCCAAGCGUUGGGGACAUCCUCCGCUUGCUGGACCCAGACCGGAUGAUGCAGACCAUCCUGCACUUCCCACAGUACCGGAGGCUGCUUCACACUGAGGACACCGGGGAGCCACAGGUGUUUAAGGACAAGACUGCCAGAGUGGACCUCAGCGGCCUCUAUGACCCCUGCUUUCUCCUCCACCUCUUUGGGGAACUGACCAGGCCAGAUCUUGUGCUAGACAGAAUAGGCCUGCAGUCUGCAGCUCCUGACUCAUAUCUGCCAAGGCAGCUGGCACAGCGUGAUGUAAGUGCCACUGCCAGGUGCCCUGUGUACCAGCCGUGAACUCAGCUCUGUGAGGAACCUUCUACAGUUCCUGACUGGGGAUGCCAUAUAAAAAGAGGCUGAGGACCACUUCCUGGUGUUCCUGGGGCAGAGCCACAGUACCAUCUAUGUCUGCACUACACCUGGGUGCUUUGGUCAUUGUCUUGGCUAAGCCAUCUCAGGAUUUUAGAACUGGUUUUAGGUCAAACUACUAUUCAAAUGGUUCUUAAAACAGAACAGCCUUUAUCACCACUUUUAAAUAGCCUGUUAUAUUUUCAGCCCCCAAGGGCAACCCUUUUUUGUAAGUACAAAGCCAAGACCAUAGAGCAAGUCACAAAAUAGGAAGUUGAUUUUUCCUCAUGGUCAUGUGGAAAAUUCAUUUGUCUGAGAAUGUCUGUAGUCAUUAGGAUUAUCCAAGCCAUCAGAGCUCUAGCUCUUCUCAUUAAGUGUAAAUUAAAUGUUUAGACUGUUCUGUCUCUCAAGUACAUUCCAUUCACGAAUAUGUGUUAGGUUCUAUCUCAUUUGUUCUCCAAAGCGGUAUUCGUUUUAUCUGCAGUUUGAUGCUUUAAAAGUUUUUAGUUCUCUUUCUGCAUCACAAUUCAUCAAUUGUUAGAAAUUGGGCAGUUGAGUCCAUAGUUACUGGAACAGUCACCUGAUUGAUCUUUUCCCAGGCUUUACUUCCAGUCUGCGCUUUAGUAUCAGGUGGGUUGUGGUAAGUGGUGUGCCCUUACCUUGGCUCUGGUUUUAGCUGGCGCGAACGCUCUGUACACUUAAUGAAAGCAUAUUUGUGAUUCAGCUCUAUCUUUGCUAAAGGGCUCAUGCCAGACUGUUUAUCUCAGUUACCCUUUCAGCCAAAUGGUUUUGUUCAUGCCCUGGGUAAGAGGCUAACCAUAGUACAGAACAUUUCUCCCUUCUCGGUGUCUGUCUUAGGUUAUCUAUUGCUGCAAUGAAACACCAUGACCAAAAGCAACGUGGGGAGGAGAGGCUUUGGCUCCCUCUUCCAUGCCACAGCUCAUCAUUCAAGGAAGUCAGGGAGGGAGCCUGGAGGCAGGAAGAUUGUGCAGAGGCCAUGGAGGGGUGCCGCUUACUGGCUUGCAUCCCCCUGGCUUGCUCAACUGGCUUUCUUAUAGUUCUCAGGAUAUCAGCCCAGAGACCUAUCAUGGGCUGGGUCUUCCCAAUUUGAUCACUAAGAAAAUGCCCUACAUAUAGGCUUGCCUACAGCCUAAUCUUAUGAAGACAUUUUCUUUUUUUUUUUUUUUUUUUUUUUUCUUUUUUUUCGGAGCUGGGGACCGAACCCAGGGCCUUGCGCUUGCUAGGCAAGUGCUCUAUCGCUGAGCUAAAUCCCCAACCCCAUGAAGACAUUUUCUGAAUUGAGGUUCCCUCCUUCCUUUCGGAUGAGUCAAGUUGACACACAGCUAUCCAGCAUACUUGGCUUUUGUACUGUUGUUAGACCUUUUACUGCCUAUAAACUUCAUGAUUGUUAUUUUCCCUCAGUUUUUCAUAGUUUCCUUUGUCUCUCUGCCUGUGCUGCUGGAGCUCCUUGGCUGCAUACAGUCCAGCCUGGGUCAGCUUGAGGGAAGCAUGGCCCUUGUUUCUGCAGGUUCUUCUUAGGCCUUAGUCACUCCCUAACCUCCUGCAAGUUCCCCUGCUGCUAACAAGUCAUCAUGGCUUUUCCAUGAUGGUUUUCCCACUGCAUUUGGGCUCAAAUAGUUUCUCUUGCAGCCCUCUGAGUCACCGAUCUAUCCUUUGGUGUCUGAUCUUAGUCCUAACCCUUGUGCUUUCAUGUCCAGCGCCCCAGCUGCCGCCUCCCGAAGCUGCUGGGAUCCUCGCCCUCUCCAUCCUUGUCUUAGCAUGCACAUGUUCACUUCAAUUUCAGUGUUACAUUGAUGACAGUGACCCGAAGAGUGCUCAUAUACAGCACUCAUUUUGGUUUGUGUCAUUAGUUCCUGAUUGGGUCAUGGGCCAUUCAGUCUAAAAAGCAUCUUUAUGGGGAAUCAUCACCAGGUUACUCAUUUUUUCAGCAAGAGAAACAGCUCUCUUCUGGGGUUCUUGGACAGAAUUACUCCUGGGGAAAACCCUGAGUUCCCAUUAAAGUAAAGCUGACAAGGUGUAGUUUUGUUGGUGAGGGUCAAGCUCUGAGCUAUUUGGAUAGAUUUUCCUGUGUAUGUGAGCUGCCUUAGUUAGGGUUUCAUUGCCCUGAAGAGACACCAUGACCAAGGCAACUCAUAUAAAGCAAACAUUUAAUUGGGGCUGGCUCACAGUUUCAGAGGUUCAGUCCGUUAUCAUCAUGGCAAGAAGCAUGGCAGCAUGCAGUUAGACAUGGUGCUGGAGGAGCCAAGAGUUUUACAUUUCAAUCCAAAGGCAUCCAGAAGCACAGGAGGCCUCAAAGCCCACCUCCCCAGUGACACACUUCCUCCAACAAGGCCAUACCUCCAUAGAGUCACUUCCUGUGGGCCAAGCAUAGUCACACCACCACAUGAGCCAACGUCUUACACUUUCUCCUGGCAGUUGGAAGGGCCUUGAAGCCUGCCGGAUAGCAAAUGGAUGUCACCCAGCAGGCUUUCCCUACCACGUCAAUGCUGGGGGUCAUCCCAUAACUUUGUGUGUGGUUGGCAAGGUGUCUGCGCCUUAAUUAUGUCUCGGCCCCAGCCUCAGCAGACGGUUUCCACUGUUGCUUUUAAGCUUGGAGAACCACUCUGCAGGUGGGGGUUUGCUGUGUGUUUAAAGAAUAAAGGAGCAAUGUUGCCCCAGUGGAGUUGGGGAAACCCUCUGUAAACUGAAUGGGCCCAGGCCCCACUGCUUUGCUCUGCCUGUUCCUUCUGGUACUUAUACAUGGGAGGCUCAAGCUGAAGAAGGUAGAACCUGGAAGCCAGGGCCCUUGCUGUGUCCCAUUCUGUUUAUGUGCUGAGAUUUCAUGGUGGACCUUGGUGUUACCCUCACUUUCUCAGCCUUGGGGGCAUUUGUGGUUAGAACUGACCAGUGCCUUAGAAGGUAAUGUUUGCCACAGCAGAGAAGAUACUCUUUCCUAUCUCAGCAGCCGGGGAGACACUUGCUUUCUGUGUCCAGCUUGUGCAGCUGGCAUUGGUAAGAUGUAAAAGAAAGUGAGUCCUGUAAGUUGUACAAGAAUUAUAAGACUUGGAUGGUAUGUUUAAUGCUAUAAUUUACU